AACACCUUCGCUAACUUGGUUGGAAACAAAAAGUGAAUACUCUUGGGACUUCCCCACCAUCCAACUCUCACCAAGUCUAAUCUUGGGUUCCUAGAGGCGAGAAAGCUGUAGGAAUUAUUGAGAAAUCAAUCAAAAUAAAAAUUUUUACUUUUACAACCUAAAAAAAAGCUGUAGGAAUUUACAGAGAAGGGAUGGGGUGGCUUUAGGUAGGACAUGUUGGUAUGGUAUGGGAACUGGUGAAUGAGUCCAGGGUAAUUCCCUAUUGUGUGUUUUUGUAAAGGAAGUUCGUAUAUUUUGUGUCUGAUAAAUAUGCCCCUAUUCUCUGUUUUCUCACCCCCAUACUCCAGAAUGGCUGUCAGGAAAGCUGACCCAGAACUAAGUUUGGGUCCAGGCUCUCCCCAGCAAAUCUCUUCCUCCUUACCUUCUUCCUCUCCCCUCCACCUAGACCUGGUUUCCCCUGACCACUCCCCAGCAGGUGGAGGAAAGGCAGGCCUGCCUAGGUGCCAUCUUCCUGGACUUUGCCAAGUGACAGCUGGGCAGGUCUGUCGGCUUCCAGCCAGUUGUCAUGUGGAAUACCUCUCACCCCUACUGUGUAGGUGGAGCAACUGCCAUAGAGGGUCAGGGAGAAUGCAGAAGUAGCAGGACUAGGAGCCUCCGUGAGACUUGGAGAACUGGAGCUGAAGGAGGAAUGGCAGGACGAAGAGUUCCCCAGAUUGCUUCCUGAAGAGUCUGACUCUUCUGAAGACCCCGACGAUCCUAAAAGAGACUCACAGGCAGGUACCCCCAGCACUUUAGCCCUGUGUGGCCAGCGCCGCAUGCGUAAACGUCUUUCUGCCCCAGAGUUACGACUGAAUUUGACGAAGGGGCCUGGAGAUAAUGGUGUUUCUCCCAUCCACUCUGUACCUUCCUCUCCUGAUGACAGUACUGACCUGGAAAUAGACGAAUUGGAGACACCUUCAGACUCUGAGAAGCUGGACAGUGGACAUGAAUUUGAAUGGGAAGAUGAGCUACCCCAGGCAGAGGGCCUGGGGGCCAGUGAGGCAGCUGAAAGGCUGGGCCAGGGUUGUAUGUGGGAUGUGGCUGGAGAAGAUGGCCAUCGCUGGAGGGUUUUCCGGACAGGGCAGAGGGAGCAGCGAGUGGACAUGACUGUCAUUGAGCCCUAUAAGAAAGUCCUAUCUCAUGGAGGUUACCAUGGUGAGGGCCUCAAUGCUGUCAUCCUCUUUGCUUCCUGUUAUCUACCCAGAAGCAGCAUUCCCAACUAUACCUAUGUCAUGGAACACUUAUUUAGGUAUAUGGUGGGAACUCUGGAGCUGCUGGUAGCGGAAAAUUAUCUGCUUGUUCAUUUGAAUGGAGGCACAAGCAGGGCUCAAGUUCCACCUCUGAGCUGGAUACGCCAGUGUUACCGGACUCUAGAUCGGCGGCUAAGGAAAAACCUGCGUGCCCUGGUGGUUGUCCAUGCCACGUGGUAUAUGAAGGCAUUCCUGGCACUGCUUCGGCCCUUCAUCAGUUCCAAGUUCACACGAAAAAUCCGUUUUCUGAACAGCCUGGGAGAACUGGGCCAACUCAUCUCCUUGGAUCAGGUCCACAUCCCAGAAGCUGUCAGACGGCUGGACCAGGAUCUCCAUGACUCAGGAAGGACCUAGCCUGGGAUUGGAAUAAAAGGCCUUAGAACCAAGCAAAGAUAUCAGUCUGUCUACACCUUUACCCCUGAAACAUCUCAGCUGUUUUGUAAAUCAUCUCAUCGUCAACCGAAGUACCUCGGGAUCUUUACAUCUCAGUGUGUCAUUCCUCCCCAGACCUGCCUUCCAGGCAGAGCUUGAGGUCUGGAACCUGAUCUGCUGGUGACUUUCAUUUCAGGAAGGAGUGGUCUUUUGUAUGGGCCAGUGCAAAGCUGUGGGUCUUCGUCCUGCUUUAGCUGUAGAACCUGGGGCAGUCACUUCAUCUCCAGGAGUCAUCUGCAUCCUCUUAAAGGAAGGGGCUGAGGUCUCUCCACCUGGGGGGCCAUGGGAAGAGCAGGGCUUCACUGAGCACAGCCAGCCUGCCUGUGGGAGCCAGCAAGGAGUCCACGCGCCCCCCCCCCCCCCCCCCCC